AUGGUGGUUAAAAUCGGUAUUCUGUUGACGGACCAUCCUGCAGAAUGGACUGGAUCCGAAGGUACAUUUGACAAGAUGAUAAUUAGGAUGCUUGAGAGAACGAGAGGUGCAGAUGUUGAGGUUGAGUACCGAGUGUUUGAUGUUUAUCACGGUGAAGUGCCUAGUAUUGACGAGAUAAGGAUGUACGAUGGUGUAGUCAUUACCGGGUCUCGAUAUGACUCGUAUUCUGUCGAACACGACUGGAUCAAUAAGCUGAGAGAACUGGUUAAAGAGAUGAUAGUGGGUGCUGAUGAGGGAACAAUGGGCGUUCAAAGAUGUAAAAUAGUUGGUAUAUGUUUUGGGCAUCAAAUAGUUGGUAAUUCUAUUGGAUGUGUAGUGGGUAAGAACGAGAACGGAAUUGAGGCAGGGAUCCAAGAGAUACAAUUGAAUGAAAUUGGUGAAAAGUUAUUUAGUUCAGAUAAGUUAUAUCUAUCUGAAUUACACAACGAUACUGUGAUUAACAAUAGUAAGGUAUUAGUUGAAGAUAACGGGAUCUUGAAUUGGGGUAGUACCGAUACAAGUGAAGUACAAGGUUUUUACAAAAAGGGACGAUUAUUUACUGUCCAGGGCCAUCCAGAAUUCAUCAGUGAGACAGCGAUCAAUGGAUUGUUGUUUAAGAAGACGUUAUUCGAGAUGAGGCUGAAAGAAGGAAAUUAA